AUGCCUAACGCCGGCCUCGGUCUUGGUGUCUCUCAGGCUCUCGCUGUCCGUAACUCGGACCUUCCCGUCCGUAACCAGGACCUCGACGAUCUCUUGGCCAAGCUGUCCCAGCAGCAAGUCAAGCUCAGCAAGCAGAACACUGCCCUCCAGGCCCAGAGUGGUGGUGAGACGUCUCCAGACUCUUCCGGCUCUGGUGCUCUUACCAACCCUUACGCUACCACUCCCCGCACUGACUCUCAGUUCAACGACCUCUCUCAGGCUGACAUGGCUGAGAUGUUGCGACUCAAGAAGGAGCUCGAGACUGCUCAGACUCAGAUCGCUCGCAUGGACCAGGAGUUGUCUCAGUCUCGUAUCACCAAGCACACCCUCGAGCAGGCCAUGGGCUCUCAGUUCGACUCGGACUUUGACCACAUCCGUGAUCUUCGCCCUCACGGUGCUGCUGCCCGUAUUGACAACUGGGUCCAGUCGACCGAGCCAGGUGCUCCUCCUGUCAACUCCAGCCUCAACGCCCACGCCACUCAGAUGGGCCCACCCGCUGCUCGCGGUAUCUGGGGCCCUGGACCCUCUUUCGGCCCUGGCGGCCUGGGCGGUCCUGGUGGUCCUGGUGUUAUCGGCCAAGCAUCAAACAGCACUAACAGCUGGGCUCUUCCUGACCCUCGUGUUAUGGCUGGUGCUCGUCUGGAGGCUGACAACACCAACAUGUUCCCCAUCGGCACCAACACUCGCGGUUCUUCAGCUUUCGGCAACCACCUCCACCCUUGGGGCCAGUUCGGUCCCCACAACGCCGCACCCGAGCAUUCCGGUCUCACUCCACCCUUGACACCACUUUCUUUCCAGUCGAUGCAGAACAUGCACAACUUGACCGGCAUGCCUCACCCUAUGUCGGAUCAAGCCUUGAUGAGCAACAUGUCCUUCACUUCCAGAUCCAAUGGCACCAGACUGUCCCCCACUGCAGUUGAGUUCCAGGCUGGCGGUUACGCCAACGCUGGAUGGAACGCCAGCCAGCAGACUAUGUCUGAGCCCGGCAGUUACCUCACCAACGCCGAGCCCAUGAACUACCGCCGUCUUCUGGACCGCAACAUGAGCUGCAACUGGAAGUACAUUGUCGACAAGAUCGUCCACAGCAACGAUCAGCAGGCCUCCAUCUUUCUGCAGCAGAAGCUCAAGGUCGGCACCCAGGAGCAGAAGUAUGAGAUCGUCCAGGCCAUCAUCGACCAGGCCUAUCCUCUCAUGGUCAACCGCUUCGGCAACUUCCUCGUCCAGCGCUGCUUUGAGCACGGCACUCCUGAACAGAUCAUCGCCAUUGCUCGCGCUAUCCGCGGCAACACUCUCAACCUGAGCAUGGAUCCAUUUGGCUGCCACGUCGUUCAGAAGGCUUUCGACAGUGUUCCUGAGGAGUACAAGGCCGUCAUGGUCCACGAGCUUCUUUGCCGUAUCCCUGAGACGGUUGUUCACCGCUACGCUUGCCACGUCUGGCAGAAGCUGUUCGAGCUCCGCUGGACCGACACUCCUCCCCAGAUCAUGAAGUACGUCAACGAGGCUCUCCACGGCAUGUGGCACGAGGUCGCCCUCGGCGAGACUGGCAGUCUUGUCGUUCAGAACAUCUUCGAGAACUGCCUUGAGGAUGACAAGCGUCCCUGCAUCAACGAGGUUCUUGCCAGCAUUGAUGUCAUCGCUCAUGGUCAGUUCGGCAACUGGUGCAUCCAGCACAUCUGCGAGCACGGCGCCAUCCCUGACCGCAACCAUGCCAUUGACCACGUCCUCCGCUUCGCUACUGAGUACAGCAUGGACCAGUUUGCCAGCAAGGUUGUCGAGAAGUGCCUCAAGAUUGGUGGCACCGAGUUCCUUGACCGUUACCUCGACCGUGUCUGCGAGGCUCACGCUGACCGCCCUCGCAUGCCUCUCAUCGACGUCGCUGGCGACCAGUUCGGAAACUACUUGAUUCAGUACAUUCUGAGUCACGCCGAUGCUCAGCGUCGUGAGGUCGUCGCUACCCACAUUCGCAAGCACAUGGUCUCCCUUCGUGGCUCCAAGUACGGCUCGCGCGUGGCCAUGCUUUGCUCCAACCCUGCUGUCGCCACUCGUCCCGGCCCUCCCAUUAGCAUUCCCGUUGGUCGCAGCGCUGGCGGUUUCGGCGAGCGUCCUUUCAACGGUGGUCGCAACUUCCCUUACGGUGGAGCCCACCGCUGA